AGCUUCUCAAGUUUUCCUCAAUAUUUACCAACAACAACAACAACCCAGUUGAAUCCCACAACAGUAGGGUCUGGGGAGGGUGUGUGUACGCAGACCUUGCCCCUACUCGGAAGUAGGGAGGCUGUUUCCAAGAGACCCCCGGCUCCACCUGCACAAAAAUAUGGAAGAGAACACAAUAUAGCACAGAUAAGGCACCAAACUGCUGCUUGGUCUUAGUCUUGGGAUGUAAACAACCCAUGCUACAUAAAUGCUGGUUUACAGAAUGAAAUGGUGAUGGAGUUUGAUAGGCGCUAAACUAUGAGACCUGUGGAAUGCAUCAAUAGCUCUGCAGUCAAUCCUAUUCAUACUAUGCUCUAUCUUUACCCGUCCAGAAUCUAGCUCCGGUUCAAGAAGAAGCAUUUUAAGUGCAUCUUCAGUAGGCCUAUGCCAGUGGAACUUUGGUUGUAAUGAGGAAAGGCCGCAUAUAAUAUCUCAAUCAGAUAAUCAUGGAGUGUGUAUUUCUCUUGCCUAUGCACCAAUUACUAGUGACAUUGUUGCUUAGUUUCGUCCUAAAGUGGUGAUGUCAGGCGACAUAGGAGUUGCUGCUUCACAAACGAUGCUUUCUCCUUCAUCUUCUCUCACAGAGCAGGCUGUACAAGGUUCCCUUGUUGUCUAUCGGAUACAAAGCAACAGCUACCACAAGGUAGGUGUUUCUUGUGCAAAUGUAAGCGGCAUCCGUUUACCAAAGUCCACCAUAAUAGGAAGUGACACUACGGAGAAGGCUCUGUUUGCUUGUGGGGAUGAAGCGUUGUGUGAACUUGUUCUGCAAGACUUGCCAUCCCUAAAAGACGCAAUGCGUGUCCAAGCUCCUAGAAAUCCCGUUCGCGAUGUGAAGUACACAAAUGCCUUGGGUUCAGGACUGUUGAGCUGUUUGCGCCAGGGCAGUGUGCAACUUUUUUUGUCUAAAGCUUCAUGAAGAAAAAGGUAAACAAAAAGAAUGAAGAAAUGAUUUCCUGGAGG